AUGUUGCACCGUGCAGUGACCAAGGCGUUGACGCCGGCGUGGGCGCGCCACGCGAGCUCGGCCGCCGCGUAUGGCCUUAGCGCCGAGCAAAAAGCGUUCUAUGAUGCCAACGGGUACCUCCACAUUGAGAACGCGCUCUCGCACGAGACGUGCGACACGCUCCGGGCGCGGGCGGACCACCACCUCUCGCACUCCAAGCACCAGACGCGGUACAGCGAUGCGUACUUUCUCUCGUCGGGCCCGCGCAUCCACUGCUUCUUUGAAGAAGACGCGGUCGACGACGACGGCAACGUCACCGUGCCGCUGCCGCUCGCGAUCAACAAGAUUGGCCACAACCUGCACUCGCUCGACCCGGCGUUUCGCGACGUGAGCUUCUCGCCCAGCGUCAAGGGCAUCCUCCAGUCGCUUGGAUACGUGGCCCCCGUCGUGCCCCAGUCCAUGUAUAUCUUCAAGCAGCCGUCGAUUGGCGGCGAGGUCGGCGCGCACCAAGAUGGCACGUACCUCUACACGGAGCCGCAGAGCGUCAUCGGUCUCUGGUGGGCACUGGAAGACUGCACGACAUCGAACGGCUGCUUGUACGGCGUGCCAGGCUCGCACUUGACGACGCCUGUGCUCCAGCACUUCAAGCGCACGACGCCGUUUGAUGGCGAAGAGGACUUUUCGAAAUCCGACGGCCCUUUGCUGGAGACCGUGCCUGCGACCAAGCCCGAGUUUGACCUCACGUGCGGAACGCCAAUCUUGACCAAGAAAGGCGAUCUCGUGCUCCUCCACUCGUCGUUUGUGCACUACAGCCACGCCAACACGUCCGACAAGUCGCGCCACGCGUACUCGAUCCACGUCGUCGAGAGCCACGAAACCGAGUACCCCAAGGUCAACUGGCUUCAAUUCCCUAAAGACAUGCCGUUCCCCCGCGUGUAUUAG